CCUCCAGCCAUGGUGAUACACCGCUAUGUCUACGGAAAAACAGAAAGAGCAGGGGAGAGAGAAGGGGAAGGCGACAAGUGAAAGCAAGAGGAGGCGCAGCCCAUCUUGCUGUUGAUCUUCAGGCGAUCAAGGAAGAAAGCUUCCAGGAUUGACUCUGGCAGAUCAAACCAGGAUAUUUAGACUUCUCAGAUGAGGUCAUGCUCGACAUGUCUUCCUAAGCAGGAUUUGGAUCCAGACCAUGACCACUCAUAUUGUGGAUGACUGACCUGAGAAAGGAGAGGACCAGAUUUCUCUAUAAUGCUUUUGGAUUUUUAAUUGUUGGAAAAUUGCCUUCAUGUGGAAUAUUAACUGGGGAACGUCAUGCAAAGAAUACUCAGAGUUGGAUGGAUGUUUUAGAGAAAAGGGUUUCCUUUGGCAAAGACAUCAUGAACUCUGACUGGGAUGUUCACUGGCUCAUCUGGCCCGAGAAAGACGACAUGGAGUGACUUUUUUCUUUCUUCCGCCUUUGACUUUUGAAAAGACAACAGACCAAAACGAAGGUCAGCCGCCUCCGUCUGAAGCUGCAGCCUCCGAGGGCUGCAUAAAUGCUUCUUUACUGUUUUUCUGCUUUCUUUAUUUCAACCAUCUGAAGACUGCAGUGCAGAAGGAGUGCGAGUGAGGCGGUUGGCUGGCCAAAUCCGCUCCAAUGGGGGCCGGUUGUGACCCGGUCUGACCCCGGUUUGACCUUGCAGUGACCUUUGACCUCUCCGGUCCUGGCUCUCCACCUGCUCUGCUGCCUGGGUUCCGGAACGCUCCGCCCUGGGGCCCAGAACGAGCCAAUCAGGAUGAAGAAGAGCCGCAGCGUGCUGUCGGUGACUGGAGAAGAGGGAAAUGACACAGACUUAACAGGUGCUGGGGAGAAGGCGGAGUCAUCUCGGUACAGCCGAUCGUAUACGUCCGGGUCCACGCUGGGGGCUGAGUUACGCAGAGGGAGGAGCAGAAGACUCUCGCCAAGUCUCCAGGUACCUUGCUGGCUACGCCCUCGAGAUCGCACCCGUUCUCCGGAAGUCCUGGGCAACGCGUCACGUCCCACAACUCUUCCCCUUCGUAUCCCACCGCGCAUCUCCAUCACACAAGCAGACUCUGACAGUUACGAAGCAGAAAAUGGCGUGUCCCCAGGUCACACCCCUUUGGGCUCCCAGAGUCCAAGCCUCACAUUGCACACUACCUUCCCCCAGGGCCAGAGAAGAGAGUCCUUCCUCUACCGCUCUGACUCGGACUACGACAUGUCACCCAAGACGGUCUCACGGAACUCCUCCCUCGCCAGCGAAGGGCACACUGCAGAAGAUUUUAUUGUCACACCUUUUGCCCAAGUAUUGGCUAGUCUGCGAUCAGUACGGAGCAACUUCACCAUCCUUGCCAACGUCUCCACACCGACAGUCAAGAGGUCUCCUCUGGGUGGAGUGUGCGUCAGUCCUAGGGCGACACUAUCAGACCAGCAGUACCAGCAGCUCGCCCUGGACACACUGGAGGAACUGGACUGGUGCUUAGACCAGCUGGAGACUAUUCAGACACAUCGCUCUGUCAGCGAGAUGGCCUCCAACAAGUUUAAGAGGAUGCUGAACAGAGAGCUCUCUCACCUGUCAGAGAUGAGUCGCUCGGGGAACCAGGUGUCUGAAUACAUCUCCAGCACCUUUCUGGACAAGCAGAACGAGGUGGAAAUCCCAUCUCCGACUCUGAAAGACAAACCCAUGAGUCACAUCAGCGGAGUGAGGAAACUGUCUCACAGCUCCAGCCUCUCCAGCGCUUCCAUGCCUCGCUUCGGCGUCAACACGGACCACGAGGAUGAGCUUGCCAAGGAGCUGGAGGAUCUGGACAAGUGGAGUUUUAACAUAUUCAGAGUAGCAGAGUUCUCCAACAACAGACCUCUCAGCUGCAUCAUGUACGCCAUCUUCCAGGAGCGAGAGCUGUUGAAGACAUUUCGUAUCCCAGUCGACACCUUUGUCACUUACGUGAUGACCCUGGAGGACCAUUACCAUGGAAACGUAGCGUACCACAACAGCCUCCAUGCUGCAGAUGUCACCCAGUCCACACAUGUUCUUCUCUCCACACCUGCUCUUGAUGCUGUCUUCACUGACCUGGAAAUCCUCGCCGCUCUGUUUGCUGCAGCCAUCCACGAUGUAGACCAUCCCGGAGUUUCCAAUCAGUUCCUCAUCAAUACCAACUCAGAGUUGGCCCUCAUGUACAAUGACGAGUCGGUCCUGGAGAACCACCACCUUGCUGUGGGCUUCAAGCUUCUGCACCAGGAAAACUGUGACAUUUUCCAGAACCUUACGAAGCGGCAGCGCCAGAGCCUUCGCAAGCUUGUAAUCGAUAUGGUGUUGGCCACAGACAUGUCCAAACACAUGACACUGCUGGCUGAUUUAAAGACGAUGGUGGAGACCAAGAAGGUGACGAGUUCUGGCGUGCUACUUCUGGACCACUAUACAGAACGAAUACAGGUACUGAGGAACAUGGUGCACUGUGCAGACCUGAGCAACCCCACCAAGCCCUUACCCUUAUACAGACAGUGGACGGAAAGGAUCAUGGAGGAGUUCUUUCGACAGGGUGACAAAGAGCGCGAGAGAGGGAUGGAGAUCAGCGCCAUGUGUGACAAACACACUGCGUCUGUGGAGAAGAGUCAGGUGGGGUUCAUUGACUACAUUGUCCACCCGCUGUGGGAGACGUGGGCCGACCUGGUUCAUCCGGAUGCUCAGGAGUUGCUGGACACGCUGGAGGAGAACAGGGAGUGGUACCUGAACACCAUGCCCCAGUCUCCCUCACCUCCUCCAGACAGACAUCUCCAGCAUGACCGCUUCCAGUUUGAAAUCACCCUCGAGGACCUGGAGCAAAACAACCACAACCACAUACACCUGAGGAACAGCGGUGGGAGGAGCGGAAGGAGCAGCCGGAAAGCCAUCUGUGACAGCAGCAACGAAGACGAAACGCAGGACGGCCAGGCAGAGACAAACGGAGAGGAGCAGAACCAUGCAGAAAUUGAGAACGAUGAGCAGGAAAAUCACAACAGUCAACAGAAUGGAGUCGAGGAUGAAGAGGAGGAGGAGGAGGAGGAGGAACAGGCUGCAGAGAAAGAAGGUGGAGAAGCAGAGGAGGUGCAGGAUGAAGGGGAAUUAGAAGAAACAGAGAUAGAAGAAGCAGAAGAAGCCAAUGAUGUAGCACAAGAUGAAGAGACAAAAGGGGAGGAGGAAGGAGAUGAAGAGCAGGAGGAGGGUGACGAGGAAGGGGGAGAGGAGGAAGGAGAGGGUGAGGGAGGUGGAGAAAAUGCAGAAGAGGUUGAAGAGGAAAUAGAUGGAGAAAGAGAAGGCGAGGGGGGAGAGGAAACUGAAAAUGAGGAAGCAGAAGGGGAGGAAGUGAAAGAGGAGACUGGAGUAGAGAUAGAGGAGGAUGAUACUGAAGAAAAAGUAGAAGAGGAAGAAGAGGGAGAACUGGAGGAUAAAGAUGAGGAGGAAGAUGAGGAGGAGGAAGUAAAAGAGAAUGUGCGAGAGGAAGAAGCGAAGGAAGAAUUAGAAGCAGUGGUAGAGCAGGAGGAGGAGGGGGAGGAGGCACCAGAGGAGGCUGAGGAGGAAGAAGUACAAGAAGAAGAGGAGAGCUAGUCAGGUUAAAGAGGCAAAUUCACAGGGUCUGUGAGGAGAGGUUGAGGAGAGAUGAAGAGGGCCAGAGAGGCUACAAUGGCAGCAGUAUGGCUGUAGAAGAGGAUAAAGAGCUGAUGACGCCCUUCCUUCCAAAUAAUGUGCUCUGACCACUUUGUCCUGUGAACCUCACAGCUGAGGAGCUGUUUAUUGUCAACUCCAGACGUCUUAAAAAAGCUCAGAGAAACAUUUAAAGACCAACAGUACACCGGCCAACACAAAAAUAAAACCUCUCUGGAUCUUCCCGAACAGCCAGAUUGUUGCAGCAAGCCGAUGAACCGGUAGUGACAGACAGACUAGAGUCUUCUUCACCUGGUGUUUGUACAUCCAUCACUGCCAUAGGGGAUAAACUGGGGGAUGAUAAUACUAACAAUAAUAAUAAAAGGGAAGGAACUUGUUCUGUCGACCUUUUUGUAGCUCCUGAAAAUCUAACAAAGCCUGAAAUACAUGCAAAUAAGUGCGUGCCUGUUCUCCCGUUCUUAUAGACUACCAUCUGUCGUCUCUCGGUUGCUGUCUCUGUCCUGUUGAUGAGGAAGAUGACAUCCCACGCACAGUUAACUCAAGAGCAGCUGUUAAAAGAAUGUCAACUUCCUCCGUUUGUCAGAAAAGAGAAAAAAUAAUGCAAAAAAGUCUGGAAAGUGUAGUCCGUCGUCUCAUAUUUACUAGAAAAACGUUUCACUUGUGAACAGGAUGCUGAGUACGCCUCUGGGCUCUGGUCUAGGAACAGUUUAACCUCCUCACAUACUAACCUUAAUGCAACAAUGCUGGAUUUCUGACACUGUCUCUGAAUAAUAUCUGGACCGUUUUCACUAAGUGGAAACAUUUGCAGUACAGCUCAGAAGCCUGAUCUAUCGUACGUGUCGAUGUUGGUUAAUGUUUUAAAAAAUAAUAAAAGAGCACCUAGUAUUCAUCCCAUCAUGACAGGUUCACCUGAAUCGUGCCAAACUGUCCCACGACCAGCACUGAGCAAUUCAGCCUCCGAACGAGGUGGCUACUCGUCACAAAGCAAUGAAACUGUGGGACCAGGCCAACAGGUGUGAUGGUCUUCCACAAAUCCCAUUAUUUUAUUUUGUUUGUUUUGAUGGUUUGGUUUUGUAAAAAAAAAAAAAAUGUAUUUGGCACUUUAUCUAA